AUGGCUCCUUUAGAAAUCAUCGGUGCAGGAUUCGGCCGUACAGGUACAAUGAGUUUACGAGAUGCUUUGAAUUAUUUAGGAUAUCGUACGCAUCAUAUGGAAAACAUUUUGCUGGAUCCUGAACAAGUACCUGAGAUAUUCGAAAGCGCGUACAAGUAUCCAAAUCAACCAGUGAACUGGGAACGAGCUUACCAUGGUUAUAACGCGGCUGUAGAUUGGCCAACAGCAGCCUUUUUUGAUAAGCUGUAUGCAGUGUAUCCAGAUGCAAAGGUUAUAUUGACAAUUAGAGACCCUGAGGUAUGGUUUGCAUCAAUAUCCAAAACGAUUCAUGAAUGGCCUGGUGUAGACGAAACGUGGCCACAGCAGAUUUUACGUGCAAGGAAAAUGGCACGGGUGGUUGUUCGUGAUGGAGAAUUAGGAGGCGCAAACUUGCAAGAACGAAAAGAAAAGCUCAUUCAAAAGUUCUUGAAUCAUAUCGAACAUAUCAAAAAGACUGUCAAGCCCGAAAACUUACUCAUCAUGCAGUUGGGUGAAGGCUGGGAAAAACUCUGCGACUUUCUUAGUGUACCCGUUCCGCCCAUUCCUUUUCCUCAUUCUAACAAAGGAGACGAUUUUCCGAAAUUAUUGGCAAGCAUCCGUAAUCAAUGUACUGAAAAAAGUGAUACGAACUAA